GUCCUGUUUGCUUUGAAGAUGUGAUUAUCGGUGUGAAGCAAUAAUAUCGCAUCUAAUGGAAUGGAAUGGACAAUUCCCCGUCAAAUACAGUAUUUAGUCGAACGAUUGGAGUGCACCGGGAAGGAUUGAGUGGUGAAAUUGCUAAGCUAUCCUUAGAAUUUUUGACAAAAAAGUGAGAGAAAGAGCAAACGUGAAUCACAGAGAUUUAUUUUAAAGCAGAGAUGAUAAUUGAAAUCUAUUUUUUGUUUAUGAAACAGUAAUCUGCGUUGUGACUAAGUGCGAAGCAUAAAAAAGCGUGAUAUAAUCCCUGGUGCUAUAGACGAUAAUUAAACCUUCUUGACCCGAGAAAUUUGUGGAAGGAAGGAAGAAAACACAAAAAUGGAGGAGAGCAGUGAAGUUGUCCUGUACAUUUAUGAUUUGACCCAGGGCAUGGCCGCGAUGAUGUCCCAAAUGUUGCUAGGUCGUCACAUCGAAGGAAUUUGGCACACGGCGGUAGUCGUCUACGGGCGGGAAUACUUCUUCGGUUCACAGGGCAUCACGAGCUGUCCACCGGGAACGACGGUACUUGGCCAACCGCUGAGAAGGGAAACCAUUGGUCAGACUUUCAUCCCUCGUUCCGUGUUCACGGAUUACGUCCGAGGAUUGGCGGAGAGCACUUUCAGAGGCACCCGAUACAACUUACUCCAGCACAACUGCAACACCUUCAGCGAGGACCUCUGUCAGUUCCUGUGCGGUGUUGGAAUCCCAAAGUACAUUCUCGAUCUGCCCCAGGACAUUUUGUCGACACCGUUGGGCCAAAGCUUGGCACCGUUGAUUGCCAGCCUCGGCUCGGGAGGAGAUCCCACGGCAAGUUUUCAGCACGAGGCGGAUUUUGUGGGAGGCGCAGGGAACCAACGGGAACCUAGUCCGGGGUACGAACAGCUCAACAGUCAAAUCGAGCAGGCGCGUCGCGAAUCGCAGGAGUUGAACGACCGGCGGAACAAGAUCCGCGAUAAGAUCGACAAGAAGAACAAGAAGAAAGAGAAAAAGUCCAAGAAGGAUCGUAACUCGACUGACAGUGACCAAAACUCGGCCGGAAUGUCUGAGGGUGAGGCAGAAGCGAUGAAUGGCGUCAAUGGGGUCAACGGAUCGAUUCCGCCCGAGAUGCUGCCAUCGGAGAAAGUGCUGAAGGAGGAAGAAGCCGAGCGAUUGGCUGAGGAAGAGCGCAAAAAGAACCGAGAACAACCUAUCAUAUUCAAAGAAGUGGAUCCGAAAUUAGAGUUGGAAUGUUUGGUGAAUCUAGUCGACGGAAAACUAUCCGAAGAGGAACAGGUAGCCGUUGAUGAGCUGCACCAAUAUUUGCUACUCGGCGAAGGAGCAUGGGCUUUGGGCGAUGGCUUUCUUGUGUUCGUUGGACGCAUGUUUCGUGACGGUUCACUUUCCACGGAAGUUCGCGUUCAUCUGCUUCGUGCCCUAGCUAAUGCCGCCCUGAAAGAUGAUAUUAUUCUGCUGCUACACCAAGAUAGACGAGAACACGUACUGAUGAACUUCGCUCAAGACAUUGAUAGACAUCCACCGGAGGAGCAGCAAGCGAUGGCUCUUUUUAUGUGUAAUUUGUUUGAGAAUGACAACGCUUCCGAGUGGUUGUUGUACAUCUCUGAGUGGUCAUAUAACAAUCAAACGACGUCGAAUAUCCGCGCCACCACAAAGGUAGCCGUCCACUGUUUACUAGCUGCCUGUCCUCGGCUCAAAGACAUCGGCACAGCGCUUGUUCACAAUCUAGCUUGUAAGGAAGUGAAGACAGUAGUGUUCGAUGAUGUCGCUGUUGAGAUUUCGAUGGCCCUGCUGCAGUUCUUCAACCUGGAACCGACAGAGGAACAUCUCUUCCGGACAAUGAAGGCGCUGGCUAAGUUUGUGCAGGUUUCACCAGAUGUCCCCCAAUUCAUCCAGAUGAUUGGUCCCCACCCGAAGACUUUGCGUGGCAAAAGCGAACGGAUCAACGAACUGAUUGAUCAAAUUUCCAAGAAAGUUAGAUAAUUAUUAGUCAAUAGAAGAAGGUAACAUUUUUUUAUAACUGACUAACACCUAUAUUUUCACACGUUAUGUACAAAACAAAGCUACGUUUGGAACAUUGUAACCAAAAAUAUCCAGGUUUGUCCGACUCUUUUUUUUUAAGAAUCAUUUGCAUUUUCAUUGCAAUUACCUAGAAACUAUCACUAGAUACCUAACGGUGGUCAAAUUGACAACUCUAUCUUAUUAGUCUCGUUGCGGCACUCCAAUCACCACUCUUGAGUGUGUGGGAGGAAAUUGUUUCGCCUUCGAGAAAGAGGAAAAUCUGACGCAAUUCGUUGUAGAAAUAAAUUACAUUCUUAUGAAAA